GCUCGCUUUCUCUCUCUCUCUCUCUUUCUUGUCCUUUUUAGUUUCCACAUAUGGCGGAGCUCAGGACCAGGCAAUGAAUAACACAACCGGCUCGGUAGGAGCUGGCAGCCUGGAGGAGUUACCGGCGCACCGAGCUUUAACCGGCUGCGUCCUGGCGCUGCUCAUCGUCUGGACGCUUUUCGGCAACUUCACCGUUUGCGCAGCUGUUUAUCGCUUCCGGCACCUGCGCGCCAAAGUUACCAACAUCUUCAUCGUGUCUCUGGCUCUGUCGGACCUCCUGGUCGCGGUGCUGGUGAUGCCGUGGAAAGCUGUAACUGAGGUGGCUGGUUUCUGGCCGUUUGGCGGGUUCUGCAAGACCUGGCUGGCCUGCGACAUCAUGUGCUCCACGGCCUCCAUCCUCAACCUGUGCGUCAUCAGCGUGGACCGAUACUGGGCCAUCUCCAGCCCCUUCAGCUACGAGAGGAGCAUGAACAAGAAGGUGGCUUCUGUGAUGAUCGGCGUGACGUGGACGGUCUCCGUGGUCAUCUCCUUCGUGCCCGUGCAUCUGAACUGGCACCGUGCAGAGAUGGGUAAGGAUUUGGCACUUCAUGGUGAGAGUGUUGUUGUUGGGAGCUGUGACUCCAGCUUGGGUCGCACGUACGCCAUCUCCUCCUCUCUCAUCAGCUUCUACAUCCCGGUGGCUAUUAUGAUCGUCACGUACACCCGCAUCUACCGGAUAGCCCAGAUACAGAUCCGGAUGAUAUCUUCUCUGGAGAGAGCUGCAGAGCAUGCACAAAGUUGCCGCUCGGAUGCUGAACUUUGCCCUGACUUGUGCACGGAAAUAGGUGCCAACUCAUACCAGUCACAGAUGAGUCUCCAUCCUGAUUGUCAGCGCUCUGAUCAGUCCCACCGGGAGCUCAAAGUGUCCAUCAGAAAAGAGACGAAAGUCCUGAAAACUUUAAGCAUCAUCAUGGGUGUGUUUGUGUGCUGCUGGUUGCCCUUCUUCGUCCUGAACUGCGCGCUGCCUUUCUGUCCCGGACCGGAGCACCCUGGGGCGCAGCGUGGACCUUAUUGUGUCAGUGAAAAAACCUUCGAUGUCUUCGUGUGGAUCGGCUGGAGCAAUUCGUCCCUCAACCCGGUGAUCUAUGCGUUCAACGCGGACUUCAGAGACGCCUUCCUGCGCCUGUUGCGCUGUCGCGGACGAGGCUGCUGCUGCUGCUGCUGCGCCGCGGUGAGCGCAGCGGUGGAGACGGUGAUGGUGAGACACGAGGCCGGACACAUGAAGCAGGAGAGUCCGCUGAACGUGAAGCAGCUGGACGUCUCCUCCUGUGCCAGGAACACCAGGGGGAGCGAGGACAGCGGGAACACAACGGUGACUGUGUUUUAUCACCGAGGGACAACCUCGGAGCAGGUGACGGACACGGAGGAAAGUAACGACAAAGACAGACUGACGCAGAUACCCAUAGGACUAUGAAUGAAACCAUUUAUGAAAUCCAAUGUGCGAGGUCAGGGAGCAGGACAGAUAUGCAAAGGUGGAAAGGGUGCACAGUGAAUUUACUUCUCUUUUCUUUGUCAGUCAAACAUCCAUCUCUGCAACAGGGUGUGAAAGAGAGGGACUCAGUCUGGAGAUGUUCUUUAGGUGGAAAAAGGCCGUUUUGAUGAUGUUUUUGAUGUGUGUUUUAAAACAGAGGGUGGAAUCCAAAGUUACACCAAUAUUUUUGACCUUAGUAACAGAGGAUGUAAUAAAACCAGGGAUGUAAAAAUUGAGAUGGGAGACAAUAAGGAUAGCUUCAGAUGUAUCAUGGUUAAGUUUGAGGUAAAAACAGGUCAUACAUAUUAGAACUAGAAAAUACAUGUGCACACCCAACCCCAGUUUACAGGGGCAGGAAUCAAAAAAGCAAAAGCACAGUGAAUUUACUUCUUUGUCUUUGUCAGUCAAACAUCCAUGUGUACAAAAAGCAGCUAUAGCAAAAAAGCUCCAACUUGGGGGAUCACAUGAUACAAAAUAACACCCAUUAUCCCUAUUUCUACCAUUCAUAUAAGAUAAGAUAAGGUAUACUUUUAUUGUCCCAGUGGGGAAAUUUUUCCUGAACUCCGUCCAACUGCAGUUACAAACACUAAAUUAAAACAGCAUCAACAACAAUAAUAAACGAUUCCACACAAGACAGGGAAACAGUUCCACAGAAACAGAUGUUUCAACACAUACACAAUGGCACAUACUAUCACACACACCAUGGCAGGUAUUGCACCCAGGUGGUGCACUGCACCGUCCACCGUCUUGCCCAGAUUAGUACAGAUUAGACAGUAUUGCACAGACAAUAGCCCAAUAUUACACAGAUGCAACAUAUUACACUGUCCCAAUUUAACAUAUUGCACUGUCCCAUUUUAACAUAUGCACUGUCCCAAUUUAACAUAGUGCACUGUCUAACCAUAUUGCACUGUCAUUGUGAUAGCUUUAUGUUUUGAGUUCUUGAGGAGUUUAAUAGACAUCGGCAAGAAUGAAUGUUUGUAACGGUUCAAUCUGCACCGUGGGACUCUAUAUCUCCUGCCGGAAGGUAAAAGUUGGUACUCCUGAUUUAAGAUGUGAGUUGGGUCUGAUAUGAAAAACUAUGUGUUUUCGGAUAACUGUGAGUGUUGGAGCUGUUAUUUUUUUUUAUCUGUCUGUGGGUUAUAUGGCUCAUUUUUGUUCACAUGGAUGUUUACCCAAAGGCUUUGUAGUCUUUGUAAAACAUGUCACAUUUGUGGGAGCUUGCAAAAUUCAAUGUGAGGACAAAUAUAGACGGGUCCGGAUGGGUAAAUAAAGCGAGGCCCUCAGCAAGAGAAAUGAGUGAGUUUUACAAUAUUUUUUGUAGCUUAAGUUCAAUCAAUUAAAAAAAGAAAGAAGUAAUUUUAGUUUUUUCCUGCCAUGUGGCGCUUAUUCGAGUCAUUUUCUAAGAAACAGCCAUAUAUGCCAAACAAAACUGAGUAAGACAGGCACCUGUAGGAUGGUUAAAGGCUUGAAUCAAGCUGGGACAGGUGCAAUCAUCUCUCCCUCAUUCAUAGUUUUCUCAGUCUCAGUGUUUAGAUUAGACUUGAUGCUGUACAUGAAUGAUAAAACACCUUAAAUUCACAUUGCUGAAUUAAUAUGCCUAAUUUCAAGAGAAUUCUCAGAUGAAAUUUCACCGCAAACAAGUGAAAUAUCUCCCCCCGUUUUACUGGGAAAAUACUGAUUUACCAGUGAGGAUGGGGGUAUUGUUGCAGUGUAGCUUCCAUUCCCCACCACAGAGAGACAGAGGACAGGAUUUCUCUGAAUCUCUAGAAAUGGGAUUAUGUAACUAACUCACAUUAGCACCCGUCAGCUGUGCAUCUUGUAUGGAUGCACGGUGCACUCUGUUCCCCCCCCCCCCUUCCAUCUCCUGAAAGAAACACACAUGAAUAAUUUGUAAAGGUUGUUCCUGUGAAAGAAGCCCUGACCAGUGAGAACACAGAAGCUUUUACAGUGACAACCCUGCUCUGUGAUGAACUCUCUACAGAUUAACAUCUGUUCAUUUUUGUUUAAUGAGUAUUCCUUGUUAGUGUUAAAAAUGAAAGCGUGUGUUACAGCCUCAAGGAGCCUCAAGUCUUAAUGGAGCCAACAAGAUUUAUGAUUCCAUCCUGAGCUGCAAAUAUUUUUGUGGUGGUUGUGAUUGAAUUACUAUUAGGCCCACCGAAUGCAAAGGAAGGUUCUUUUGCGAAACUUUUUCGCUUUCUUGCCGAGAGUUAGAUGAGAAGAUUGAUACCACUCUCAUAUCUGUCUGGUAAUGAAGCUAUCUAGAGCAACUUAGCUUAAAGCAUGUAUAUUAUGUGCUUUUUAGCAAUAUACGUAUAAGAACAUAUAUUUCUAUGAAGUGAAAGGCAAUUAUACGUUCCAUUGCAACGCCAGCGCCCAGCAGCAGAGCUACGCCUCCGCUAUUUUGGACUGUAAUCAAGGUGACUACCAUAAUGACACCAGUUAAACGUCCGCCUACAAAGUGCCGUACAAAAGUAAAACAAAAUGAUUUAUAUUUUAUUGUCAUAAUUUUAAUGUCUCUACCGAAAUAACCUGUGUUGAA